AACAUGAAAAUCCUCGUGGCCUUGGCAGUCUUCUUUCUUGUCUCCACUCAACUGUUUGCAGAGGAAAUCGGUGCGAACGAUGAUCUAAAUUAUUGGUCCGACUGGUCCGACAGUGACCAGAUCAAGGAGGAGCUGCCGGAGCCCUUCGAGCAUCUUCUGCAGAGAAUCGCCCGGAGACCCAAGCCUCAGCAGUUCUUUGGAUUAAUGGGCAAACGGGAUGCUGAUCCCUCAAUUGAAAAACAAGUGGCCCUGUUAAAGUCUCUUUAUGGACAUGGCCAGAUCUCUCACAAAAGGCAUAAAACAGAUUCCUUUGUUGGACUAAUGGGCAAAAGAGCUUUAAAUUCUGUGGCGUAUGAAAGAAGUGCAAUGCAGGAUUAUGAAAGAAGACGUAAAUAAACUCCCUAACUUAUUUAUUCAGCUUCAUUUGUGUCAAUGGGCAAUGAAUGGUAAAAUAAAACAUGCACUAUGAAGAAUAAUUAUUUAUUUAAUAAUAUUUAUCGUUAUGAUGUGAAAACUAAAAAAAGUGUUUAUUUUUCAUAUUGUGCCAUAUGUGUUGUAAACAUGUGUUGUAAUUCUAAUAUGAUGACUCCCUCAAAAGUAGAAUCAGUGGAAAUUUCAGCACAGCACAGCAUUCGAUGAAAUUAUGAACACAUCAAUGACUUGGCCUCCAAAGAAAGAAACCAUUGUUUUGAAGCAGUCACAACUGCUUCUGCUGAAAAGGGGGAAUUCCUGUGGGGUCCUAUGCUUUCCCUGGCCAUUUUCUUGGUGAAAAUGUGCCGAGACUUCGCUAUCAAACUAUAUUUGUCUUCUUGCAGCAUGUUUCAUGUUUUUAAAAGUUUUAAUGUGAUUCUAAGGCCUUCAUUCAUUACAUGAUGUGUUGUGAUAGAUACCAUUUUAAAUAAAAGAAAAAUAUCUU